CCAUUAGGUGAGCCAUCUCUAGAACCUGACAUUUCCUUUACAACGAUCUCUGUUAUUCUCUAUUGUAUACAUACCAAACUGGUACCCAUCUCACUUGGCCAACGACCCUCGGAAGCGCUGAGCAUUUCAGACAUUGGACUCAAAACAAAUCUGCAAUAUCAGAAAUAUUAGCUGAGUUUCUGACACUAUGAGAUUUAUCGUCUCAGCUUUCUUCUUCCUUGCAUUGCUUUCUUAUGCGGUUGCAUAUGAUCCCUUGGAUCCAAAUGGAAAUAUUACGCUUAAGUGGGAUGUCAUGUCUUGGACCCCAGAUGGCUACGUGGCGGUUGUAACAAUGAACAACUUCCAAAUGUACCGCCACAUCAUGAGCCCAGGCUGGAGCUUAGGAUGGACAUGGGCUAAGAAGGAAGUGAUAUGGUCCAUGGUGGGGGCUCAAGCCACUGAACAAGGAGACUGCUCCAAGUUCAAAGGAAACGUACCUCAUUGUUGCCAGAAAAAUCCCACAAUUGUGGAUCUUCUCCCUGGAGUUCCUUACAACCAGCAAUUCUCGAAUUGUUGCAAAGGCGGUGUGUUGGCAGCAUGGGGCCAAGAUCCAACAGCUGCUGUCUCAGCCUUCCAGGUGAGCGUGGGGCUAGCUGGUACUUCAAACAAGACUGUGAAACUUCCCAAGAACUUCACCCUGUUAGGUCCAGGGCCAGGGUACACCUGCGGCCCGGCAAAGGUUGUGCCUUCCACCGUUUUUCUCACAUCAGACCGCCGCCGCAAGACUCAGGCACUCAUGACAUGGAACGUGACCUGCACUUAUUCGCAGUUUCUUGCCAGGAAAAACCCGAGUUGUUGUGUUUCUUUCUCAUCCUUCUACAAUGAAACAAUCACUCCUUGCCCCACUUGUGCUUGUGGUUGCCAGAACAAGCACAACUGUGUCAAAAGCAACUCCAAAAUUCUUCAAGUGAAGGGAAUAAACACGCCGAGGAAAGACAACUCUCCGCUGCUGCAGUGCACACACCACAUGUGCCCCAUCCGCGUGCACUGGCAUGUGAAACUCAACUAUAAAGACUAUUGGCGUGUGAAGAUUGCCGUUACAAACUUUAACUAUAGGAUGAAUCACACACUCUGGAGUCUCGUUGUACAGCAUCCAAAUCUUAAUAACGUGACACAAGUUUUCAGCUUUGACUACAAGCCUCUUCUUCCCUAUGAGUCCAUAAAUGACACGGGUAUGUUUUACGGCAUGAAAUUCUAUAAUGAUUUGCUUAUGGAAGCUGGUCCAUUAGGGAAUAUUCAAUCGGAGUUGCUUCUUCGAAAAGACAAGAACACUUUCACCUUGAAGCAGGGAUGGGCAUUUCCUCGCAAAGUCUACUUCAAUGGCGAUGAGUGCAUGCUGCCCCCACCUGAUACAUAUCCAUUUUUACCGAGUUCUGCCCCCAAUAACCUAUUUGCUUUGUCAACAUUGAUUUGUUCAUUGCUUUUCCUGUUGAUAUCUCUCUGGUGAUGGAUCACCUAGACUCUGGAAAUGUGCAGUAUCUAAAAUUUUGAAGCUAAGGGAUACUUUGACACAGACAAAAGUGAGCAAACGUUUAAAAGAUUCAACAUUUUAAAAGGACCAAACUGGUGGAACUUGUGCAAAGAAAAACUUAAUAUGACUCCGGGAUGGUAUUUGUAAUUUGAUUGCAAUAUUGCAUUGUGAUAUAUACAAGUCUUUGCCUA